AGUGGUCUCUCUCUCACCUGCAUGCUGUUUUUCCUCAUUUCGGUUAUCUAUAAGAAGUUCCAACUUGGCUGUGUCAUGAGUCACAACAAGACAGCAUUAGAGGGUGAAGAUCCCCUGGAUCUCUCCAUCCAGGGGCUCAACAGCAGCUGUGUAGCCCAGAUGUUCACAGUUGACUCACAGAUGUCCUACACAGUGCCCAUUAUGGCUUUUGCCUUUGUCUGCCACCCUGAGGUGCUACCCAUCUACACAGAGCUCUGCCGACCCUCCCAGCACAGGAUGCAGGCAGUGGCCAAUGUGUCCAUCGGUGCCAUGUUCUUCAUGUACGGGCUCACAGCCACAUUUGGAUACCUCACCUUCUACAGCAGUGUGGAGGCAGAGAUGCUGCACAUGUACAGCCAGGAGGACCUGCUCAUCCUCUGUGUGCGCCUGGCCGUGCUGCUCGCGGUGACCCUCACUGUGCCAGUCGUGCUAUUCCCUAUCCGCCGGGCCCUGCAACAGCUGCUCUUCCCAAGCAAGGCCUUCAGCUGGCCACGGCACGUGGCCAUAGCCCUGAUCCUGCUGGUUUUGGUCAAUGUACUUGUCAUCUGUGUGCCAACAAUCCGGGAUAUCUUUGGGGUUAUUGGGUCCACCUCAGCCCCGAGCCUCAUCUUCAUCCUCCCCAGCAUCUUCUACCUCCGUAUUGUACCGUCUGAGGUGCAACCCCUCUUCUCCUGGCCCAAGAUCCAGGCCCUGUGUUUUGGCACUCUGGGGGUCCUCUUCAUGGCCAUCAGUCUGGGUUUUAUGUUUGCCAACUGGGCCACAGGCCGGAGCCACAUGUCUGGACAUUGA